UUUUGACUAUUUUCAAACUAAUUUACAUUCUUCUACUAUAUUAUUCAACAUGAAUCGAAAUGACGAUGCUAUUUUAGAACGUAUCUUUAACCCAGAAGUACAAGGACUCCCUCUUGAUUCCGUAUCACAGACUGUAGAGGAUAAUCCAGUCAAGGUGAUUGAACCAGAGUUGCUCAACAAGCUUAAAUCCAUGGAAAGACAAGCAGUAGAUUUGGCAGAAAAGGAUGAUUUAGAAGGUGCAUUGGAAAUAUUAAAUCAAUGUCUUGCUCUUGAAAAGGAUUAUGCAUCUGCUUACAACAAUAGGGCUCAAAUUUAUCGAUUAAGAAAAGAUGAUGAUAAGGCAUUGGAAGAUCUCAGUAAAGUCAUUGAAUUAGGUCAAGGUCAGCCCAAAGUGUUACGUCAAGCUUAUACACAACGUGCUAUCAUCAAACGACAACAUGGGGAUAUGCAAGGUUCUCGAGCCGAUUUUGAAAUGGGUGCCAAACUUGGAAAUCCUAUUGCACGCAAUAUUGCUGUCAAUGAAAACCCUUACGCCAAAAUGUGUAAUCAAGUCAUGAUGGAAAUGAUGGGUCGUGAAAUGAAAGGAACUUCGGAUCAUGUUGAAAAAUAAAUAGAUUCUUCUCCUUACCUUUUUAUAUUUAUUACCAUCUGUACAAAGUAUAUUCCCUUCUCCUCCUUCCCUACUUUUAUCUUUUGUUUACCAAAUAAUAAUAAUAAAAAAAAUACACACAUUUAAAUGAAAUAAACAUAUAAAAUAAAAAAU